UGCGAGCUGUGAACGAAUCAGUCGGUGAGAGUGCGUCGGCCCGAACGGAUCGACCAAAAAUCAAAAUAUUUCGCAACGGGAAAACGUGUGUGAAAGUGAAAAUAGACGCUAUAAAUACAUGUAUAUAUAGAACGCAACGCUUAUAUAUAUAUAUAUAUAUACACACAAUUUUAUUAAACAGCAAGCUAAGGCAUACGCGGAAUAGAAGCGGCAACGCCUAGCAACCAACGCCCAUAAAACAAUAUCAAGAAAACUGUGAAAAUUUGUGGAAGUGCUCUCAAAGAAGUUAAUAAUUUAACGCUAAGAAAAUGGCUGACGUACCGGAAGCUAUUAAGAAAUGCGCCGCCAUGUUGAAGGGCACCAAAAGUGAGACGGAGAAAUUUGCAGCGCUCUUCAUGGUAACGAAACUGGUGAAGGGUAAGGACUGCACAACAGCUGCCAAAAAAUUACUCUUCGAAGCGAUCGGCUUCGGGUUUCUUAAAAAGUUACUAAAUGGCAAAAAUCUACCCGAUGAUUGCCCACCACUCGUCUAUAAAAGUGUUGCGCUGUCGAUACUCACCUGCUUCUGCCAGGAGGAGGAGCUGGCCACACACAAGGACAUGAUCGAAGCCAUACCAACCUUGUUGGAGAUCGUCGAAACAGCAGACGAUGACGAUUACGAGGAUAAUUUAAUUGUCGUCAGCGAAUCGUACAGUUGCUUGAAAAGUAUCGCCACCUACGAACCGGGUCAACAAGCACUGCUGAGUAUUGGUGCCAUACCGAAGAUGUCGCAAAUCUACUCAGCACAAAGUUUCCAAACUGACGAAGCUUUACAUCUGAUCGUUUUGUUGGUCAACAAAUUUGGCACAGCGUCCUGGUCUGACGAUCCGAAACCUUUCCAUGCGCUCGUGCAGCGUAUAGCAUUGGAUAUGGAGACGGAGAAUAGCGAACGCAAAUACGAGCUGUGCAACAUACUCUCAUCCAUACUGAUCACCUGUCGUCGGGAUGUGAUCGUAAACUCGCUGGAGGGCGAAAUUUGGCCCGAAAGCAUUUUCAAAGCCAUUGGCGAUAUUUUGAAGGCGAAAAUUGGUCCCAAACAACGCGAACCCGCUUUACACCUGAUUGCGACCACCUUGCAGGUGCUUGGUAUACAGUGGGCUUUCAUGGAUGAUCAAAAGACAGUGUUUCUUGCAGUACUUCAACUGGCUGCAAUUGAAGUGCGCAUGCAAAUGGACGAGAAAAAACUGGAGACCACAUUCAAACGCGCCGAUCUCAUCACUUGCUGCUUUGUCAUACUUGAACUCUGCAUCGAGCAUAUGGCUAACGAUCAGAUAGAUUUGGAGCCGAAAGAAAAGCAAACCACCUACACCGCACUGAAGGGCGCCUUCAAUCAGGUAUUAGCCGUAUUGACACGCGUCUCACAAGACAAAAUCAAAGAUAACGGCAGUCCACACGACAAAGCUUUCAUCUGCGCCAUAGUACGCAUACUCUCCGCUUGGUUGGCACAAGAAACGACCGCUAUGCGUCCCGCCAUCUACAAAAUUCUACCCUUCAUGUUCAAGGUAGGCAACGAGUCAUUCCAUGACCUUAAAGCUUGGCGCAAUGGCUCACGCGAAGGUGAGCAACCGGUUGAUGUACUGCGCGUCAUGCUGCCAGCGCUAUGUCACUUGGCUUUGGAGGAUGAUGCACGCAAAAUCUUAUUCACCACAAAGCAAGAUGAAAUACUGCUCGAACAAAUCGAGUUCUACUUUACCAUUGCGCAUUACAAGCGUCCACCAAUACCACGCGCCGAGCGUCUAAAGCGCAUGAACGAACCCGAUCCGGUGCCCACACCCAAACAGCUGGAAGAAAUGAAGGACGCACGUGCUGCCAUAGUCUCACUGUGCAACAUCUUGAUGAACUUGACUGUGCUGGAGCCAAAAUUGGCCGAAGACUCACCGCUCUUCGCGAACGUACUGAAGUUUGUGGUGGAAAAUCUACCCGAACUUAAAGACACACCCGAUAAUCUGGUUAUGCACGGACAUCUGGCCGUACUCGGCUUACUGCUGCUCAAGCAACAAUCCAAACGCGUCAAACAAAAUGAUUUCUCCUUCUGCCGCUACAUACAGGCCACCAUACGUUUCCUAUGGGAUGCCUACAACAUCGACGAGUCCAACGAUCCCACCGCUUUGGUCGUCUCUAUUGCUUACAAAGAACAUUGGAUGGAAAUUUCCGAACUAUGGUUCCUUGGCAUGCAAACUAUAAGCGGUGUUUUGGCUUUGGUGCCAUGGCUGUCAGAGUUCGCCAUCGAAUCCGGUUGGGCUGAGGGCAUCGUGCAGACAUUGAAAAAGGUCAAAAUCGGCACGUUGCCACCCAACGUCAAGUCCGCCUAUGAGGACUUCCUAUCGCAAUUGGUCGAGGUGAACUCAUCCGUGGUGGCGGUGCUGAAGAAGGCCGACGCAUUGCGUGUCUGUCGCAAUCACCGCAUGAUGGACUUGGGCAAGAAACUUUUCGGCGAUUAGAUAAAGUAACAACAACAGUGACAAUUGGUCGCGUUCAUUGCAGCAGUCAGACUAAAACUUUAUUUUAACUUAAUUAAAGAGAAGAAAAUGAAGAAUAUUGGAGAUUUAGGGUCGCGUAGUUUGCUGCAAAGAAGGAAAUUUAGUAGUAUAAGUAAAAGGGAGAACUUAAGAUAACAAAAGUUUUUGCUUAAUGCUUUUUUUUUGCAUAUUUAGUCUAAGAAGUUGUGGAAAAAAGGAAAAUCUCGCUUUUUGAUGAUGAGUUUUCGAACAACUUGAAAUCUUUUUGUGUAUUUUUGGAUUUUGCAUUGCACGCACUGAAUUUUCCAUUCACUGGCUUUUAUACAUGCAUAAUUUAAGCAAAAUUACGAUUUUAUAUGAAGCAGAAUAUAAUGAGAAAGCAAAGAAAACCAAAUAAGAUAGGAAUCAAAAAAAGAAUAAAACAUUAAUAAAUUAAUGA